AUGUCCAGCCAAGCCUUCAAUCUAUCUCAGUCCGCGUAUCAACAUAAUGAAAGCAAAGUCCAAGUAGUUUUGCAAUCAAUACGUACAAUGCUACCUCCUUUAUCCUCUGAUCGUCAUAAAGGUCAGAGUGGUAGAAUUGCUAUCAUCGGUGGUUGCUUCGAAUAUACUGGUGCUCCAUAUUUUGCUGGUAUUUCUGCUUUAAGAACCGGGGGUGAUCUAUCUCAUAUAUUUUGCACUGCUGAUGCUGGAAUUCCCAUAAAAACCUAUAGUCCAGAGUUGAUUGUCCAUCCGAUGCUAGAUCAUCAAAAUGCUGUCAACAUUUUCGAUGAAUGGCUACCACGGAUGCACUGUCUUGUUAUUGGACCUGGAUUGGGCAGAGAUGAUGAAGUUGUUGAAACAGUAAAGAAAAUAAUUGCUAAAGCAAAAGCAAAGCAAGUUAACAUCGUGAUUGAUGCUGAUGGCUUAUACAUCGUUACUAAAUAUCCAGAUAUAAUCAAAGGCUACAAGUUUGCUAUUCUCACGCCAAACAAAGUAGAAUUUUCUCGUUUAUACUCAACCCUCAUGGGUAAAUCUCCAGAUGCAAACCUUGGUGUAUCCAAUACUAAAGAUGUUGCAAAUGCGCUGGGAAAUGUAACAGUAGUACAAAAAGGUAGCCGUGACAUUAUUUCCAAUGGAAUUGAAGAUCUGAUAUGCGAUGCAGCUGGUUGCUCGCGCAGAUGUGGCGGUCAGGGUGAUAUCUUAUCUGGCUCAAUGGGCACAUUUUUGCAUUGGGCUCGUACUAAUGAAAAAGAAACUAGUAGAAACGAUAGCAGGAUGAAUACGUUAUCUCCAACUCUUACUGCUGCCUAUGCUGCAUGCUUAUUAGUCAAGACCUGUGCAGAAGCUGCAUUCAAACUGAAAGGGAGAUCGAUGAUAGUAUCAGAUUUAAUUGAUAUAAUUCAUCCAUCGUUCCAACUGUUGUAUGAGAAUAGCAAGCUGUAA